UCUUCAAUCACUCGUUAAACCAAAUCAUGGAAGUUUCUCUGCGCCUCUCGGUCUCCGCUGCGUCGUCGUCUCUCCGUCGCUUUCAAGCAUUGGACACUGUUGCGGCGCUCGGAAUUUGAGGAUUUGUACGUAUGCUACCGAACAAUCUUUUGAUCCACUAUAUUGGUUGGUUUGCGCGUUUGACUUGUAAGCGUGGCCGAAUGAGCGAGUUUCAGUCUUCGUCGUCGUCUUCGUCUUCCUAUGACUCUGCCGACGGACCUGCACAGACGAAUGCUGUGGGGAGUAAUUCAUCUUCUCAGGGAAUUUCUCCAGCAGUGUCCCGCCAUUGGCAUGAUGUGUUCUGGUUGAUGAUAUUUAUGGUGCAUCUGGUUGUGGUAGGCUUUGUCCUUGCGGUUUUGGGGCUAAAUAGGUUUAUGCAGCCUGAUAGGCUGAUUGGCAAGUUCACAAUGGGGUUUCUUCAGAAUAAGAAUGGUUUAACAGAAGACUACUGGCCAAUGUAUGCUGUAGCUGGUGGAAUUGGGGCUGUUCUGGGGUGGAGUUGGUUGUUGUUGCUUGGUUCUGGUGCAAAUCAAAUGAUGAAGUUCUCGGUGCAUCUUUUGACCACGUAUCUUGCUGUCAUCAGUGUGCUGUGUUUUUGGCUCGAUCAGUUUUUCUGGGGUGUUGCAUUUGCUAUUGGCGCUGCAUUGCAGUUCUUGUAUGUUAUAGCUGUCAUCGAUAGGCUUCCAUUUACCAUGCUGGUACUACAGAGAGCAGUUAGGUUGGCAUGGAACCUUCCUGAGGUCACUAGAAUAGCUUGCAUUUUUAUGCUAGUAAUGCUUUUAUGGCUAGCAUUGUGGUCCUUCGGUGCAGCUGGGGUUGUGGCUUUAGAAAUUGGUGGUACCGGUCGCUGGUGGCUUCUUGUGGUUCUCUCUGUCAGUCUAUUCUGGACAGGGGCUGUUCUCUGUAAUGUAGUCCAUGUCGUAGUUUCAGGUAUGGUUUUUCUCGUUCUUAUUCAUGGUGGUCGAGAUGCAACAUCAAUGCCUCCCACACCAGUGAUGAGUUCCUUGCGAUAUGCCGUCACUACUUCUUUUGGCAGCAUAUGCUAUGGAUCACUCUUUACAGCCGCUAUCCGUACAUUACGGUGGGAGAUAAGGGGAUUGAGAUCGAAAAUUGGCAGUAACGAGUGCCUGCUUUGCUGUGUUGAUUUUCUAUUUCACAUGGUUGAGUUCUUGGUCCGCUGGUUCAAUAAAUACGCUUAUGCUCGGAUUGCUGUUUAUGGAAAGAGCUUCAAUCACUCAGCAAAAGAUGCGUGGGAGCUCUUCCAAUCAACAGGCGUCGAAUCUCUCAUAGCAUACGACUGUUCUGGUGCAGUCUUAUUCAUGGGAACAGUCUUGGGCGGACUCAUAUCCGGAACAUGCGCUGCAAUCUGGACUAGAAUCAAGCACCCGGACCGAAUGGUAAUGGUGGGAUCUACUGCCAUGUUGAUGGGGAUGAUCUUGGUUGGGCUGGCAAUGGUAGUCGUGGAAAGUGCAGUGACAUCUAUUUACAUAUGUUAUGCAGAAGACCCCUCGCUAAUCGACAGGUGGGAUGCCGCGUUCUUUGUGCAGCUGUCUGAAAAAUUACACCAACGGCUACAACAUCGAAGCGCCCGGGCUCGGGAAGUCUUGAACCAUAGAGUGGAAGAGCAAAUACAAGGAGCUGCUCUUGCAUAGUUUUGAUAGAUCUUGCCUUAAGGUAAGUUUCUCUGUUAUUUUUUUUUUAAAAUUGCAAUUGUAUAAUUUGUUUCAGCUUUCUAAAUGUGAUUUCAUAGUGUUAUAUCUUCUGGGGGGCUAAAAAAAAAACGAAUAUAAAAAAAAAAAGUGCUUUGCAAAUAUAAUGAAUGAUUAGAAUGUUAUUAC